CCUGCGCGGACGCAGCGAGAACCCUGAAAUUCAUUAUGCGUUUAAAACCUUUAUUUAUUUCCGCAUAACCUACAUACUCUCACCGGGAGGGUCAAAGCGGAGAAAAGGAACGACGACGGUCCAUCUCUUUCGGAAAAUACAGCCUAUACAAUCACGUUAUAUUUUUGUCGGAGGGGGAUACUGUUGAGAAAGUGAAGAUUCUAAUAUAUAUUAAGAAAAAAUGUCCGGUGAGAGAAACCGCAGGUCGCUGGCUUUCCGAGGAGGUGGAUUAGCUGGGUUAACGGGUUCCAGCGGUAUCGGUGGGGGGAACUGUAACAGCUGGGAGGCCCCGGCCUGUCAAGACCGACAGUUUAACGGGAACAGGCCGGAUCAAGAGGAGGACAGGGAUCUGGGGGCUAAAGGAUCAUCGCAGAAGAGAGUGGAGGGCGCUGGGUCUGUCAGCGAUAGCACGGAACCCGAGGCGGAGGAAGAAGAGGACCCGGAAGGGGGCAGCUGGGCAGCCGGGGAGGGCGACGAUCGUAUCGGCUCAGGAGAAGGGGAGGACGGGUCCAGGGAGAGGAAUAGCUUGACAGCGGGGAACGGUCCCAACGCCGACAGUCAGGAGUCGGGAAGCGGUGCGAGUGGAAGCGAGACGGGAUCCAGGAAAUCUGGUGUAGAGAUGAGACCGCAGACGCUGCUUCAGAAACACUCAUUAUUCCAUGCUACGUGGUUACAAGAAUUUCCAUGGCUUAAAUUUUGCCAGGAGACGGGACUCAUGUCUUGUUCUUGGUGUCACAACAUUGCCACUAAAAACAGCGACGAGCUUGUUAAAGGCAGUCGUAACUACAAGCGGGCCUUGCUGCUGAGACAUCACCUGUCUUCUGAGCACGGGAGAAAUGACCCAACCAAACAGGAGAUGGCGAGGCCCUCAGAAAACAGCAGCCCCUCAGCCAUCAGCUCAGAGGAAGACUACCGCAGCAAACCCAAUGAGAACUCCUACUGUUACCAGCUUCUUCAGGAGCUGGAUAAGCAGCGCAAGAGCGGCAUCCUCUGUGACGUCAACAUUGUCGUCUCGGGCCAGGUGUUCCGCGCACACAAGAACAUCCUGGUUGCGGGCAGCCGCUACUUCAAAACCCUCUACUGUCUGACCAAAAGCGAGGCCCAGGACCAGGCCACAGUCACACACCUGGAUGUCGCUGCUGUGCAGGGCUUCUCAGUCAUCCUCGACUUCCUCUACUCCGGGAAUCUGCUGCUCACAAGCCAAAAUGCCAUAGAGGUGAUGUCUGUUGCUAGUUACCUCCAGAUGACAGAAGUUGUACAAUCAUGCAGGGCGUUUAUAAAAGAUGCCCUGAAUAUCAGCAUCAAACAGGAGGCCCCUGAUUCAGUGGUGGUGGACUACAACAAGAGGCAGACGGUGGCCAAAGAGGGACAGAGAAACCUGGACCGGAAGCCCAGCAACUUCUGGGCCACAAGCAUCCUGUCCAAGCUGUCCAUCAAGGCAAGCAACAACCAGGGAAAGGAAGGAAUGGAAGAAGACGAUGAGGGUAGCAAGGUGAAAGAGGAGCCCAGGGAUAUAGAGGUGACAGUAGUUGGGGGUGAGGGUUGUGCCCUGGUGACCCCCGGAGCCUCCGGGAGCUGGGCCCACCACAACGACAACUCGUCUGAUUCAGCAGAGACCAAUGAGACCCGGGCAGCGAGCGGCCAGGUGUUCGUCUGGAACGAGCCAGCCACAGGUGGCGCCGCUGCAGCUCCCGCAGCAAUAAAGAGAGAAGCGCCAGACCCUGCAGCGGGAAGCGGACGGAGGAAAAAGCAGACAACCACACGCCGUUUUGUGUACAACUUUCCACCUGAGCCUGAAGAGGGAUUCGAUGAGGGGAUGUUCAUCCAGCCAUCAGCCUCCUACCCCAGAGAGGACUUCUCCUCCCUCUCUGAAAAUGCUGAGUUGGCCAAUCAGAUCCAGUAUAGCAUCAUCCAAGACUUACAGCAAGGGGAGUCCUGGGAGAAUGGCGAGUCCUCACACCUAGCCCUCAAUAAGCUGAAGUGCCCCCACUGUAACUACAUCGCCAAGCACCGGCGCACGCUCAAGAGGCACCUGAUCAUCCACUCGGGCGUGCGCUCCUUCAGCUGCGACAUCUGUGGCAAGCUGUUCACCCGCCGUGAGCACGUUAAGAGACAUUCCCUGGUGCACAAGAAGGACAAAAAGUACAAGUGCAUGGUGUGCAAGAAAAUCUUCAUGCUCGCAGCCAGCGUAGGUAUCCGUCACGGUUCGCGGCGCUACGGCGUGUGUGCUGACUGCGCCGACUCACACCAAGCAACUCAGGAGGGCCUGGAAGGCAUGGAGUUUCCUCGAGACGAAGACUUCGAAGGUGAGGAAGUGGAGGACCUGGAGGGGGAGGAGCCCACUGACAACGACCAAUCAAACUGGGGUGAAGGCAAUGCAGGUGCUGCCCCAGAGGAGGACUAAGAAUUUUAACAAGCGUGAGAAACAAAAUAAAAAGUUGAUGUUUAAUAUAUAUGUAUACAAAAAACUAGCUGGUAAACAAUCAACUCCAAAGUGCUAUCAAACCUUGAGGUUACUUAAUUGUGCAAGUAUAUGACAAAGAGAUGGAUUUAAAAAGACAAAGCUUUGGUAGAAUGGGAACUCCAAGAUGUACAGAUUUUAUUAAUGUUUAAAUAUGUCCAACUGUGAGCCCAGUGCUCACUAAAGAAAGAUUCUAAUGAUGAAUAAUAUGAGAAAUCAGGUUUUUGGUGAUGUAUUUUAUUUCCUGUUUUUGGGGAGAGAGUUGGGUGGGGUGAUGUAGUUUUUUGAGUUGGGUUAGGCCAAUCAUCUAAAAAGCGAAAUGUUUAUUAUUUAAUUUAUGAAGAGAGGUUAUUAUGGUCUUAUCAAAUGCUAUAAUUUUAUUUCUGUUGUUGUUGUCUGCAGGCAGAGGUGCAGUGAUAGCUGCAGCUUUCUGCAUAAUCUGAAAGUAUAGUGCUUGUGCAAAUACACAGAAGAAGAGCAUUAUUGUCCACAGGAAGAUUUUGAACGUGCUCUCUAGAUCUUUAGAUGCGCUAAAUAUUAUUAUAUUAUUCUUUGCUUCUUCUUUUCUUUCCCUGCCCAGAUCUUGGAACCAAAAAAUCUGUUUUGUGACUCUAAUGUAUCACAGCCAUAUUUAUGAUUAAUUUAAGAGGGCUGUGAUAUUGUGCCAAACAGACCGCACACCAAGAUUAAGCAGGAACAAAAACUACUGAAUACGCUUUAAAGAGAAAACAGACAUGAGGGUUUUUUCUUUCUUUUUUUGUUAAGCGGGAAAAAUAUGGAUUAAAAAAAGUACAAGGGGAAAUGUUAUUGCUAGCUUUAUACAAAUCACAGCGUCACAGUAACACUUUAUUAUUAUUAUUAUUAUUAAACAAAAGCAUUUGACUUUCACUUAAAGCUUGAAUUUUGCCAAAUGAUGAAACGUUUGGUGCUGUAAUGCUUGUCGCAGAAUACUGGACCUACAGGCUAUAUAUGAUGUUUAUAAUCAUAAAGCUUAAACUGACUCAGUUAUACAUAAAUAUGUAAUCAGCUCGUACUAUAGAACACUGUUGUGCUACGGCGACUAUCAGGUAUGCUUUGCCAUGUUUUUAGGCUUCUAUUUUAUUUAAUGCACACACAUACACAUACCAUUUUGUAGAACUACCGGCAGUCCUUUUUUUUUUUUUCUUGACAUUUUGCGGACCUAAGUAGACAUCAAUACAUGUUUGUUUUUAUUUGGUACUGAGUUAUAUAUUAAAGACCGUUUCUAUUUAAAAUCACUUGAACAUUUGGUUGUAAGGGGGGAAGAAAUGUGCUAGAAAUCACAGUGUGUGAUAUUUUAAGUCUGAAAGAACUCCAUUUUUCACGUACAAAAUGUCAUCAGUUUAAUUUGAUGCAAGUUUGUUCUUGUUUGUUUGUUUGUUUUUUUUUUUUUUUUUUUGUUUUUUUUUUUUAGGUCUGCCAGGUAGAAAAACACUUUGUUCCACAAAAAGUGAAGCUCUAUGGCGCCUCAUAGACAUGCACUUACGUUUGUGUUCAUGAAAAUAAUUUCUUUUAUGUUUCUUCGCUUCCCCAAAAAGCGGGUCUGAAUGGAACUAUAUAAAAACUGUUGUGUCUUUCUUCCAAUGAGCAACUUUUUUAUUAGACUCUUUGUUUUUUUGUUAUUUAAUAUUAUAUAUAUAUUGACUCCAAAUGCAAUCAAGACUGUUAAUUUCUAUUUGUCCAACCAAAAUUGUUGUUUUUAAUUAUUGUUGAGAUGUAUGAGAAAAGCCAGGUGAAAACUUGCUUAGUGUAGAAAAUCCUUGCUCGUGUCUGUAAUUGUUGAGAUUUUUAAAUGUUUUUAUGCUACAGAAUCAUUCACUUUACCCUAGAUGCAUAUGUCGUUUUAAUUUUGUCCUUUUCCACGGAUGUCUCCAUUCUCCUUUGUUCUUUCAUUAAGCACAUAUUUUCUAAAGAAACACGGAUUGUUUGCGGGUCAAAACCUUGGAACAGCAGUAUCUGUUCGUAUGCAGUGAGAUAUAGAGUAUGUACUAAAGUGCUAAUGAUACAGAAGAUGUGUAACUUCCCUUGACUCUCAGUGAAAGAAGAUAUAUUUAAAGUCGUAGAGAUAUUCUGCCUCUUCGUGUCACUUUUACCUUCAAGUCACUGUGGGAGGGGUUAUAUUACACACAUACACAUAUAUAUAUAUAUAUAUGAUGAGAAUAUAUAAGAUGAAUAUAUAUAUAUGGAGAAAAUAUUAUUUAACUAGUGGAUUUAAGAAAUGGAACACAUUGACAGUCAGCUCGGACCUCCCUGUGUGGCGGUUUGUUUCCGUGAAUUUUAAACCUUUUGUUUCCUCUGUCCACGCCGUGUGCUCGUUCAUCACGCCAUCCUGUCGUCUUGUUUGUUCUUUUGAUACUAUCUACCAUCCUACUGAUUCUACUGUAAUGAAUGAAACUCAAAACUAUGAUGUAUCAUUUUUUCGAUUUUAUGCUGUAUUUGUUAUAUGGACAAAAAAAUACAAACAAAGCAAAAAACACUACAGAUGUCAAGCAGAGGUUUUUGUUCCCCAGCUGUAUUUUUUUACGCUGUCGCAGAUGGUUGUAUUUUUCAAUCUCUCUCUCGAACUUUAACAGUGAUGCAAAACUUUGGGCCGCGCCUCAGUGCCCUCUGAACACAAAGCAAAUUCAGGUUACUCUUUUUACGUUUUUAUCAAAGGUUUUCAAAGAUGGAACUACAUUCUCCUUUUUUCUGUCUGAAUUGUACUACUGUUCCUCUCUA